GGACCAUGUUUAGUAUGUUGUACCAGGAGGCAGGUACUCCUCUAAAACCUCCCAAGUCCUACCCUGAAAAAUGAAGAUUGCCAAAGUUAGUUCAUAAAUUACGUUACACUCCACGCCAUAGUUGACGAGAUCCAAAAUCACUCGCCUCUUUUUAUUUUCUGCACUUUCUCCCUCUUUUCACUAUUCACUUUUUCUUUCUCUCUAUUACGCGGAUCCUAAUUUCUCUCUCAAUUCACUAUUCCGCAUCAUUUUCAUGCGAUCUGCCAAAUUCCCAAGAUUCUUUUUAAUUCAUUCAUGAUCGUUUUAUUUUUUCGCAUUUUUAUCGAUUCAAAGUUGGAAAUUGGAAUAAGAUUCUAGGGUUAAAUUGGUUCAGUGCAAUUGCAUUGUGAAAAUUUACUGAAUUUUUAUCUAUGUUUGGGGGACCUGUGACUGGUAAUAGUCCCCAUCUCCGGAAGUCUGGCAGUAGACCUGUUAUUGGUGAACUUGGAGAAAGCAGUGAAGAAGUUCUUCUGCAUUCAUCUGGGGUUAAUGAAAUGAAGGGUUUAAGUCUACCAGCCCCAUUAAGUGCCACUGUGAUGAUGCCAUCACCUACUUUCUUGUGGAGAUUUAAGAUACUGCUGUUUUUCAUCUGGGGCUUCUGCUGUUGCAAGAUUGGAUGGCAUUCUGUAAUGAGAAUGAGCGCUGAUCUGAGAGAUCUUUUUUUGUAUGAGGCGUUCUUAUACUACAAUCCUCUACUACUUGUGACUUUGAUGGUCUGGCUUUGGGGGAUAAAUUUAUGGGUCUUUUCUCAGGCUAAUGUUAGUUAUUCAAAAAUAUUUGACGUUGAUCAAACUCAUCUUACUCACAGAGAAAUAUGGAAGUGUGCCACCUGGAUGACCAUCAUAGUUCCGACCAGCAUGACAGCAUAUCUCUAUCUGUAUUCAGAUGGAGAAGUAUCGUUAGCAGCAUCUCAACCAGUUCUUUUGUACAUUGCUGUUAUCAUGAUUUUGAUAUCUCCCUUUGAUAUUUUCUACUUAUCAUCGCGGUAUUACCUGUUGAGAACUCUCUGGAGGCUAGUUGUUCCCCUGCAGGCAAUAACAUUUUCCGACUUCUUCUUGGCUGAUAUCUUGACGUCCAUGUCCAAGGUAUUGUCAGACUUGGAGCGUUCAGUCUGCCGCAUGGUCCAUAGGCAGGUUGCUACUAUUGCAUGGUUUGAAGCUGAUUCUAUAUGUGGCAGUCACUCCGUUGCAAUUCCUGUGGUUCUUGUUCUACCCUAUAUAUUUCGGCUUUUUCAGUGUCUUCGGCAAUACAAGGAUACUGGAGAGAAAUCAAGCCUCUUGAAUGCUUUAAAAUAUUCCACAGCAGUACCAGUUAUCUUUCUUUCAGCGCUCAAAUAUCACGUGUUCCCGGAUAAGUGGACAAGCAUAUAUCGGCCCCUAUGGUUGAUGUCAAGUCUUUCAAACUCUAUGUAUUCCUUUUACUGGGAUAUUACACGAGAUUGGGAUAUGAGUUGUUUCACUCGGAUAUUCAAGUUUGGGAAACCAAAUCUUUGUUCAUACCUUCUGCAUGGAAGGAGAUGGGUUUAUUGCUGGGUGAUUGGAAGCAAUUUGAUUCUGCGGUGUACUUGGACUUACAAGCUUUCUGCCCAUCUCCGACAUAAUUACCUUACUGUUUUUGCUAUCACUGCUCUAGAGAUCUUCCGCCGUUUUCAAUGGGUUUUCUUCCGUGUGGAAAAUGAGUGGAAUAAAAUGAGUGCAAAGUCGCAUAUUCAGUUAUCGGAGAGUGACAGUUCAAGUGAGGAUGUGAAUUUAUUAGACUCCGGAAACCAUAGUGUAUAAAAUACUGGACAGCAAAUACUGGAUAGCCAUGCUUAUUUGAAUUUUAUGGAAUAUUUUCCUUAGACGUGUAUAUUCAUUUGAAUUUUGACCCAUUCUUUAUAAAAACGAGUUGAUUUCGCAGCA